AUUCAAUUGUUAGUCCAAUUCAACACAAUAACCAUCACUGGAUUAAAGUAACAACAAUUUAGAGGCAAUUAAAUUGAUUUCUCUUAAUUUUCCUUCCAAUCAUCGAAAGUGUUGUUGAGGUUGAUCAUUACAACUUCAAUAAUGUGUCAAUACCUAAAGAACAACUUUUGGACCUUUGUGUUGGUCUCAUUUGCGUGUAUUCUUGUAAAAGUUUCAAGUGACAAACUUAAUUCAAGAUCACAUCCUAAUCCUAAUCAACCAAUUGCUCCAACUAAUGAUGCAAAUGGAUACGUUGACCAUCAACCAGCAGCAUCUUAUGACCAUCACCAUCAGCACGAGGAAAAGUACCCGUACCAACCUUAUGGAUUUGGUUACGAGGUCGAGGAUGGUUGGGGCAACACUCAGUAUCGACACGAGAAGGGUUUAGACCCGUGGAAGGUGAAAGGUAGUUAUGGUUACAAAGACGCCUGGGGAAUAUAUCGACACGUUGACUACAUCGCGGACAAAUGGGGUUUCCGAGCUCAUAUUAAGACCAACGAACCAGGAACCGCUCCCAAAGAUCCGGCCGCUGUUAAGAUGAACUCUCACCCUUUACCUGCGGGAACUCAUGGAUUCGUAAAGAAACACGAUGAGAUCGCCGAUCAUUCAAAGACAUCUUACAUUUAUGCCAAACAAAAGAAGAGUCUUACCAAAGUUUACUAGCGAAAAAAAAAUUUCCAACUAAUCAAAUUCUAAUCCUUCUAAUCCCAUGUAAAUACAUUGAAACUACUUUUUGCUCUUCGUGACAAUUUAACUUCAAUUGGUCAUUUCUCUAAGAGCGAGUGACCAUUGAACACAAGUCAAUCCAUUUUUCUAAGUGUUUUCACCUUAAUUGUUUUGUAAUCACUUUUUUUUAAUUCUUUUCCUAAUUAACCAUUUAAUCAAUUAAUGGAUAAUAAAAUUCAUCACUUGCUGACCAUUUACAAUUAAA